CCUCCCCAAACACCACCGGAGAUGAUCGUCCGCAUCUUGCUGCUCAUCUUGCUGAUGGGUCACGGGGCCGUGGCAAGGUUUGCCCAGGAGCCCACGGACCAGAUCGUGGUUGCCGGGCAGCCAGUCACCCUACCGUGUUCCAUCCCUGGUUACCACGGCGUUGUGCUCUGGAUCAAAGAUGGCUUGGCCUUGGGCGUGAGCAGAGAUCUCACAGGUUACCCUCGAUACUCAGUGGUGGGUGACCACAGCUCUGGUGAGCACCACCUCCGCAUCCAGCGAGUGGAGCUAUUGGACGACGCUGUGUUUGAGUGCCAGGCCAUCCAGGCAGCCAUGAGGUCACGUCCUGCCCGCCUCACCGUGCUAGUGCCUCCCGAGGACCCUGUUAUCAAUGGAGGACCGGUGGUGAGCCUGCGCGCCGGGGACCCCCUCAAUCUGACCUGCCAUGCCGACAACGCCAAACCGGCAGCUUCCAUCAUCUGGAUACGCAAUGGAGAGGUGCUCAACGGGGCCAUGUAUUCCAAGACUCUCCUCCGGGAUGGGCGACGGGAGAGCACCAUCAGCACACUGUACAUCUCUCCCUCGAACAUCGAGUCGGGACAGCAGAUCAUUUGUCGUGCCUCCAAUAAGGCUGUCCCCAAUGGCAAGGAGACCAGUGUCACCAUUGACAUCCAACAUUUGCCACUGGUGAACCUGUCGGUGGAGCCUCAGCCUGUUCUGGAGGGCAACCCUGUCCGCUUCCACUGCUCUGCCAAAGCAAACCCUCCAGUCACGCAGUACAGGUGGGCCAAAGGAGGCAGCAUCAUCAAAGAAGUGUACGGUGACACCUACGAGGUUAUCGUGGACCACUCCUUCUUCACGGAGCCCGUCUCCUGCGAGGUGACCAACCCCCUGGGCAGCACCAAUAUCAGCCGCAAUGUUGACGUCUACUUUGGCCCUCGCAUGGCCACUGAGCCACUGUCUUUGCAGGUGGAUUUGGGAUCAGAUGCCGAGUUCAACUGCGCUUGGACGGGCAACCCAUCUCUCACUAUUGUCUGGAUGAAGCGAGGAUCUGGAGUGGUGUUGAGCAAUGAGAACAUCCUGACUCUGAAGGCGGUGAGGCAGGAGGAUGCUGGGAAAUAUGUGUGCCGUGCGGUGGUCCCCAGGGUGGCGGCGGGAGAGAAGGAGGUCUCCCUCACAGUCAACGGCCCUCCGACCAUCUCCAAGACCCAGACGAAACAGGAGCUGCACGGGGAGAAGGGCCAGAUUCAGUGCUUCAUCACCAGCACUCCUCCGCCAGAUCGCAUAGCCUGGUCUUGGAAGGAGACCGUGCUGGAAUCCGGCACGUCCGGCCGCUACACGGUGGAGACGGUGAGCACGGAGGACGGUGCCAUCUCCACGCUCACCAUGAGCAAUAUAGUGCCUGCAGACUUCCAGACCAUCUACAACUGCACCGCCUGGAACAGCUUCGGGUCCGACACAGAGAUCAUUCGGCUCCAGGAACAAGCAUCAGUACCGGUGGCUGUCAUCAUCGGCGUUGCCGUGGGUGCCUUUGUGGCCUUCAUCGUGCUGCUGGGGACCAUCGGAGCCUUCUGCUGCACCCGCGCCCAGAGGAAGGACGCUCACCUGGUUAUGCCCUCACUGCCCGCCUCCAUCUGUGCUCAGCAGAGAGAACUUGCCAGCAAAAUUAAGACAGAAAACCUAAAAGGCGUGGUGUCGGCCAAGAAUGACAUCCGCGUGGAGAUCGUUCACAAGGACCACAACGCCGCCCGAGAGAAUGAGGAGCACGCUGCUAUGAAACAGCUGAUGAUUGAGCGGGGUGAGUUCCAGCAGGAGUCUGUGUUGAAGCAGCUGGAGGUCCUGCAGGAAGAGGAGAAGGAGUACCAGCACAUUAAGCAGGACCCAACCAAUGGCUACUACAGCGUCAACACCUUCAAGGAGCACCACUCCACCCCCACCAUCACCCUGGCAACCGGCGGCGGUGGCGGCGGCGGCGGCAACCAGCAGCCGCCCUCGGCAGCGGACAUCCGCACGACGCCCUCGGCCUCCACGUCCGCCUCGGCCACGGGCACGAUGGGCCCGGUGGGCAAGCAGCGCGUGCCCACGGGCAUGUCCUUCACCAACAUCUACUCCACGCUGGGCGCGGGCCCCAACCGCCUGUACGACUACAGCCAGCGCUUUGUGCUGGGCAUGGGCAGCAGCUCCAUCGAGCUGUGCGAGCGCGAGUUCCAGCGCGGCUCGCUCAGCGACUCCAGCUCCUUCCUGGACACGCAGUGCGACAGCAGCGUCAGCAGCUACAGCAAGCAGGACGGCUACGUGCAGUUCGAUAAGGACAGCAAGGCGUCCGCCUCGUCCUCGUCGCACUACUCGCAGUCGUCCUCGCAGAACUCGGACCUCACCAGGCCCCUGCAGAAACGCAUGCAGACGCACGUCUGA